UAUCUGUAUCUCUGCUUUAGCCGAGCAACCGCUGAGAACAGUGAAGCGCACUGAAAGCCGCCGUAUUGAGCCAUGUCGCAGCAUUUACAACGUCUAUAUGUAUUUUUUGGAGUUUUCAUAGCGAUAACUUGCUACGCGUUCCUGAUAUUGUUCCUCAUGGAGACACCUCGUUUUCAUGUCCCGACGAUCUAUCUCACUUCGUUCAGAGACGAAAAAGCUGGAAGUCUGUUAGCAGAGUUGCAAGAAUCUCGAAAACAUUUUGUAAAUGUGAAAGUCUCCAUCGACGAAAGGUGCACAAGGUUCCGACAGCCUCUUUCCAAGAAACAGCUUGACUAUUUUUACCAACGCGCCGUCGUAGACGAUAAUCACAAAAUCAUCUACUGUCCUGUCUGGAAGUCAGGCUCGACCUCUUGGAGAGCAGUUAUGCAUGUACUAAAAGGCUCAUUCAAGACUCUCGACGAUGCCGUCAAAUCUGUUCGUUGGAUUAGAGGCUUGACAACAUUGAAAUCGUACAAGAACAGAUCAGAAAUCGAAUUCAAACUUAGAACUUACACAAAGUUUAUGGCUUACAGAGAACCACUCAAUCGUUUUGCAGCAGACUACUUAAUGCUAAAAAGGAGUGGUACAGUUUACAAACGACAAAGUCGCAGAGUAGUAGAAUACGUUAACUCUGUGAGAGGACGUCGCGAUCCCAUAGUUCCAUGGCAAAACAUGAGCAUCUGGGACUUUGCCAAGUUUGUGUCUCGUUUCGGUAACGACACAUCGAAAAUGAUUAAAUUAAACCUGCAGUGGAGGCCACAGAAUAUGGCUUGUUAUCCGUGUCACAUUCACUACGAUUAUUACAUCGAUAUGGACAGUUCAACCGUUAACAGAGACAGUCGGUACCUUUUGAUGAUUUUACGCGCGCCACAUUGGUUGGAGAUGCCUCAUGUCAAUCCUACGACUAAAGACAAAACUCCGUAUUUGUCGCAACUUUCUGAGCCGUUGUACAAUCGACUUAUGUCCGUUUACUACAAUGACUAUGAGAUUUUUGGUUUUAUAAAACCAGAACGCGGUAGCAUAAGAUCCUAGAUGUGUAAAUUUCAAUCAGGCUAGAAACUUUUUAGUAUGUUUAGGACUUAUUUGUAUGCUAUUACGUUCACUACCAAAAACUUAGACAUCAGUA